UCUUCGCUCAAUUGUUAUUAUAAUGUCAACGCGUUAAGUUCGUAUUCCGCUCAUAUUUCAUCGAUAGUUUUCCGCGCUUACAUUUCAUUCAUAAAACUACAAAUACGAAGUUUAGUGUAAACCUAUAUUAAUGAGUUAUCGAAAUAGUUGGCAAAGUUUUUUUUAAGAUGGAUUACACAAGCACGGAAAUUAACGUGACAAGUGAGGAUGAAACUGAUAACUCUGGCCAAAUAUUGGUCUUUGGCAAAAACAGAUUGCGGACCCUGGAUUUAAAAAAUGUAUUUUUUCCAUGUAAUCAGUUCCACCAAAUAUGCCUAUACUUUAGUUUUUUUAAUAAAUUCGAGUGCUUACACACAUGAACCGGCAUGAACAUUUCUGUACCGCUUCGUCUUUAAAAGAAAAUAUUGUAUUCAAUAUUUCCUGGUUCCUAACUUCUGUAUCUCUGUGGAUGUAAAGUAAAGCUAAUACGAAAGUAAGUCGUCGAGCUGUGUAGACGUGUUUUUUACCGCGCUCUUGUGAAAAUCAAUAAAUUCAUAAUAUGACCGACUCCUGCGGUAAAUGUGAAAAGCGGUUUGCAAGAAAUGACUCUAACAUAGUGCCUUGUAGUGGAUUUUGUAAUCUGCGUUUCCAUCGCUCCUGCUGUGAAGGCCAGGUCACUGACUAUGAUCUUGGAUUGAUUAAUCUCAAUCGCCAUAUUUGCUAUUUGUGCUCUACGUGUAUAAAUACAUCUAAGUCGAUUUGAUAUUUAUGUGCAGAUAGAAUUAUUAAAAGCUGAAAUAAAUUCAACCACACAAAGCAUCGCCGUUGGCAACAACAACGCUUCAUGCAUUAAAGCCUUAGCUGCCGAGCUAAAUGCCAUCAAAAGUGCUGUUGUGAGUUCUAGCGUUGUUGCUGUCGACAAUGAUAACAAUUGUGAGAGUAUAAGCCGUUUCUCUGCUGACGCUGUUUCCCAAAGUGCAUCUCCGCUGCCCAAUCCAACUGUUGCGCCAGCUGCUAAUGGCAAUGGAAAGCGAACAGUGACCAAUGCGGCUCUCUCACCUGUUAUGCCUGCGAAGCGUAUGACUCCUAAUGCUAAUAUUACUCGUACCUAUGCCAAUGUUACAAACAUCAACGUUGUGCCUUCGUCUUCUAAUGCUGCGCAUGAGUCGGCAACUAUUAGCACGGAUGCUGCUCAUGUUUUCAAUGUGCUGCCCGCUACGCCUGUUAUUGACAAGAACGCCGAUGUUGGGGUUGCUGGUGCUGCUACUGUUAAUAACAAUCAUAGUGUUGGUGUUAAGGCACCUUUACCAAGUAAUCGUGCACAGUGGUCCACAGUGGAGAAAAAAAAGCGUAAAAACUUAAAUAAGAAGACUGUUUGGGGCGCUAAUACAAAUAUAGAGUUGGAGGUUGCAGUUCGACACAAGUGGUUGCAUUUAUCUUCCUUCUCAAAAUCAGUCACGGAGGAUAAUAUUAUUGACUAUGUCGCAAAGCACUCAACUGUCAAUAAAAAUAGUAUGUCUUGCUACAAGCUGGUAAAAAAAGGUACACCUGAUGCUGACUUGAAAAGGAUAAAUUUCAAACUAGGUGUUCCUGAGUACUCAUUUGACUCUAUAUUAAACUCAGACCUCUGGCCUGUCAAUGUGGCCGUUCGUCCGUUUCGUUUUUUCGAGAAAACAUUGCCCGAUCAUCAUACAGCUUAGCGGAGCCGGCUUCU